GUGGACAAAUUUGCUUAAAUAUGAGUAAUAUUUACAUCCAAGAGCCACCAACAUCGGGCAAAGUGUUGCUGAAGACCACAGUUGGCGAUAUUGACAUCGAACUGUGGGCGAGAGAAUGCCCAAAAGCCUGCCGCAACUUUAUACAGCUCUGCCUGGAAAAUUACUACAACGGGACAACAUUCCACCGGCUGGUCAAGGGAUUCAUUGUGCAGGGCGGAGAUCCAAACGGAGAUGGCACUGGUGGUGAAUCAAUAUACGGACAUCCGUUUAAAGAUGAAUUCCAUUCACGAUUGCGGUACUCGCGUCGUGGUUUGGUCGGAAUGGCCAAUUCUGGCAAAGAUGACAACGCAUCCCAAUUCUUCUUCACGUUCGGAGCGACGCCGGAGUUGGAAAACAAGAAUACGCUCUUCGGCAAAGUCACAGGUGACACGGUGUUUAAUAUGCUCAAACUAGAGGAAGGAGUCGUUGAUCACCAAGAGCGUCCCAUGUACUCGCAUCGUAUAAUCUCCACGGAGGUGCUCAGUAAUCCCUUCAAUGAUAUUGUACCACGAGCGCUGCCCAAAGCAGCCUCAAAGUCCAAGAAAAGCAAAAAAGAUAAACAAGGUGUUAAAAACUUUGGAUUGCUUUCCUUUGGAGAGGAAGCCGAGGGCGAUGAGCAGGAAACAACUAUAUUUGUCAAACAGAAUGCUGGCAAAGCGAAAUCCCUGCAUGAUGCUACGGAUGAUCCCAAGCUAAGCAAGGAGCCAAUUAAGGUGCCCAAAACAGAGCGUGCGCAGAGCGAGGAGCACUUGUCCGAGGACUGCGAAGAGAGCGAUGUCAGCAAACCAAGAAAAGCCAACUGCUCCGAUAUCAUUAAAAGUAAACUCGCCAAGUCAAAAAGUAACUCAACAAAGUCAGUUAAAGUUGAAAUUAAAAGUGAAUCGGAGGACGACGAUGAGGACGUUUUGAUGACCCGCGAACAGGAAGAAAGCCUAAAGAAAUCAAAAGAAAAGAACAAAAUACGUGAGGAAAUUGAGUCCCUGAAGCGACAAUAUCAAAUGGACAAAGUCGCCAAGGAUAAACAAUUGCCCAAAGAGUCGGAUAAAAGUGCCAAGAGUGCAGAUAUCAAGGGAGCCAGUGAAAAUCAUUAUAUUAACGAUUUCAUUGAAGCUAAAGAGAUAUACACGGCCAAGACCAAGAAUAAACUCAAAGGACAAGUUAGAGAGAGCUUCACAUUAGAGUUGUUAUCCAAGUUUAAAUCGAAAUUGGACAAUCUCAAGUACAAAUCGAGCACUGAGAAUGGCGAUGCAGAGCCCAGUGAAUUGGACGAUACGGUUGUGGAAAAGGAAAUUAAAGGAGACGACUGGCUUGCGCAUACUUUAAAUUUUAAUAGUAAUGCGCCUGUAUUAGCAAAAGAUGCAUCAACUAAGGGAGAUGAUUGGUAUGAUGUCUACGAUCCCCGAAAUCCACUUAAUAAACGCAAACGCGGUGACACAAGUCACAGUAAAUCAUCCAGCAAGUCCAAAUCUUCAAGACGAUAAGAUUGAUUGAAUAAAUUUGUAGUAAAUUUUUGUAAAUUGCUUAUAAUAAGCAUUUUGAAUAAAAAUGUAGCGCGAAA